CAAUUCAAGUGUAGAAACUCUCAAGGUUAGUUUGGAUUAUUAUAUAGUGCAGAAACUUACACUAAAAGGCUUUUCAUUGAAUAGUUUAUGUAAAGAAAACAAGCUAUGGCUAGACUACUGAGAUAUGUAACAAUAUUCUCAUGUUUUAUCUUGAUGCAGUCUAUUUCCUCUUCUUCUUCUUUUAUGUUUAAGCAAGGUCAACAGCUGAGGUCUUCGAAUAGUUCUGAUGAAGUAGUUUCAGCUAAUGGUGUAUACAAACUAGGCUUCUACCACCCUGGCUCUUACUUGUCAAUAUGGUAUAGAAACAUAGAAAAGAAUCCAGAAGUAAUUUGGCUAGGAAACAGGUAUCCAAUCCCAGACCCUUCUGCUGUUUUCACCUUGGAUUUUGAUGGAAAGUUGAAGAUCAUAAGCAAAAAAGGCCAACUCAUUGUGCUGAACCCCAUGCAGAAUGUUAAUUUUGGUAAUAAUGUCACUGUCACUGCCACUUUAAUGGACUCUGGUAAUUUUGUGUUGAAUGAAGUAUUAGCUAAUGGAAUAGUAGGAAAGGUUUUGUGGCAAAGCUUUGAUUACCCAAUUAACACAUUGUUACCUGGAAUGAAACUUGGUAAGAACUUUGAAACUGGACAAAGUUGGACACUUUCUUCUUGGUUAAGUUGGUUAGUACUCACACCAGGAGCUUUUAGGCUUGGUGUUGAUCCAGGUGGCACAAACCAAUUGGUUCUCUGGAAAAGAGAGGAUGUUUACUGGACUAGUGGGGUGUGGGAAAAUGGGAGUUUUCAGAAUGCUCCUGAGCUUACUAGGAGGGCUGAUUUAUUCGAGUUCAGUUUUGUUUCAAAUGAAGAAGAGAAGUACUUUUCUUACAAAGCAAGAAAUAGCUCUAUUGUUUCAAGGUUGGAAGUGAACUUUUGGGGACAAAUUGUGCAGUAUGUACUUGCCAAAGAUGGUACUUCUUGGGAAAACACUACUUUGGUUAGUCUAUGCAAACAUGGUAAGAAUUUUCCAAAUCUAGUUGAGUGUGUAGAACAUAAGCCAUCCACAUGCAGUAGUAACAGUUCUGAAAUUUUUGUGCCCAUAAGAAGCUAUGCUAAUUCAACUAAAUCGAGUUACAUGGAUUAUAACACAAACAUAUCACUCAUAGAUUGUCAAGCUACUUGCUGGAAAAAUUGCUCUUGUAUUGGUUGUAUAACUCUUCAUCAGAAUGGGACUGGAUGCUUUUACAUGAGCAACAUAUCUGACAUUUUACUUGAUGAACGCUCUGGGUUUGGUUUUUACCUUGAAUCACGGUUUACAAAAGGAGGGACAACUAUUGUAGGAGGAACAAAGAGAGAUUCAAAAGGAGGCAAGAAAAAAAUAAGGUGGAUACUAUGGUGCAUCAUAGCAGCCACAGUUGGUCUCACAAUAUUAUUUUUUGGCUAUUUGAUUUACAGGAGGAGAAGAAAACUUAGGCUGUUGCAACAGACAGAUAAGCUUAGAAGAGGCAGAAAAGGACAGGAUUAUGAGUUGUUUAGUUUUGCUGAUAUAAUUGCUGCAACUGAUAAUUUCUCACUUGCCAACAAGCUAGGAGAAGGAGGUUUUGGACCAGUUUACAAGGGUAAAUUAGCAGAUGGGCAAGAGAUUGCUGUGAAGAGACUUGCAAGGCAUUCAGGACAAGGAUUAGAAGAAUUCAUGAAUGAGAUAACACUAAUAGCUGAGCUUCAACAUACCAAUCUAGUUAGCCUUUUGGGUUGUUGCACUCAUGCAGAGGAGAAGAUGCUUGUAUAUGAAUACAUGCCAAAUAAAAGCUUGGAUUUCUUCCUCUUUGAUCCUAUUAGAAAGAAGAUUUUAGAUUGGGAAAAACGCGUCAACAUUAUUGAAGGGAUAGCACAAGGACUUCUUUAUCUUCACAAGUAUUCCAGAUUGAGAAUCAUACACAGAGACUUGAAAGCUAGCAAUAUUUUACUUGACGAAGAUAUGAAUCCAAAAAUAUCAGAUUUUGGCAUGGCUAGAAUUUUUGGGCGAAAUGAGUUGACGGCAAAUACAGAGAGAGUUGUAGGGACAUAUGGCUAUAUGUCUCCAGAAUAUGCCAUGAAUGGAAUUUUCUCUGUCAAGUCUGAUGUGUAUAGUUUUGGAGUUCUACUACUAGAGAUUGCAAGUGGCAAAAAGAACACCACAGGAACUCUCACUCUAAUUGAACUUGCUUGGGAUUUGUGGAAAAAAGAAGAAAGCAUUGACCUUGUAGAUGAAUCAGUUGAUCGUUCAUACCCCGAAGAAGAGUUUACGAAAUGUGUUCAUAUUGGUCUUCUAUGUGUACAAGAGCAUGCAACAGACAGGCCAACCAUGUCAGAUGUUAUCUCCAUGCUCUCAAACGAUGUUAGGUCAUUGCCACAGCCAAAACAACCUGCAUACUGUCAUAGUGGAAAAAGUGCCGGAUCACCAUCAUCAGGAACUGACUGGAUUUCAAGAAGUGCAUCAAUAAAUAAUGUAACUAUUACCGUAUUGGAACCUAGAUAGCAGCUUUAUUCUAUCAAAUUUACCAUAUUACUUUGGUAGUAUUUUACUAGUCAUGGCUCAUAGAAACCACGUAAUGAUUCAGUCCCAAAUAUCUCUGCGAUCAAGCCAAGUGGUAGGAGAAUGCAAAGUGUAUAGGACUAACUCCUUUAGAAUCCUUAUCAGUUGAAACAAACAAGGUGCUCUAUUCUGUUAUGUAUUUGAAUAUGCUUCUAGCAAAACGAAGCUUCACACUACUGAAAACAAGCAAAGUAAAACCAGAAUUGGAAAUGUGCUUUGCUUUCAUGGCUUUUUUUUCCUAUGGCAGGAAAACAUGUAAUCCCCAGUAUACAUUAUGUAAUAAAUUUCUUUCCUCUUGCAGAUUAACAGGUCAAUAUGCAAGAGUAU